AUGGAUUUCACUCCUAAUACCGGUGCUACUCGCGGAGCCUGCUACUCUUGUGGCAAUACUGGACACCAGGCCCGCGACUGCCCUUCCAAAGGCCCUGCUAAGUGCUACAACUGCGGAGGCGAGGGACACAUGAGCCGCGACUGCACUGAACCCAUGAAGGAGAACAAGUCAUGCUACAAGUGUGGACAACCCGGCCACCUUUCUCGUGAGUGCCCUCUUGGUGGUGCUGGCGGCCCCGGUGGCCAGUCCACGGAAUGCUACAAGUGCGGUGAAAUUGGCCACAUUGCCCGCAACUGCUCCAAGGCCGGUGGUUCUUACGGCGGCUCCUUUGGCGGCGGCUAUGGCGGCGGCGGCGGUGCUGGCAAGACUUGCUACUCUUGCGGCGGUUACGGCCACAUGUCCCGGGAGUGCGUCAAUGGCAUGAAGUGCUACAACUGCGGCGAGUCUGGCCACUACUCUCGUGACUGCCCCAAGGAAUCGACUGGUGGCGAGAAGAUCUGCUACAAGUGCCAGCAGGCCGGACACGUCCAGUCUGCUUGCCCUAACUAG